GAAACGUCACGUGAGGAUGUCUCAAGGAACACCAAAACGGAACACAAUCAACCAUUUCACGCAUAACCAUCCCUUGACCGAAGUCAACGUUGUUUGCACGUACAGAUGCAAUGGUUGCAAACUGUACGGCGAAGGCAAGACCUACCGAUGCAACGAGUGCGACUAUGAUCUCCAUGAAUAUUGCGCCACGUGCCUUCCAACCCUCAGGAACACAUGGCACGCGCCUGAUCAUGAGCUCAACCUCAUCAGCAGUCCCGCGCACAUGUCCGAGCGUGUGUGCUAUGUUUGCCAAGUUUUCAUCCAAGGGAUGUUCUACAAGUGCAAGCACUGCAGUUUUGAAUCCCACCCGCUUUGUACACACGGUCCAGCGUAUGCCUCCUAUCCAGAUGCAACGCUGACGAGGCCGAGAAGCCUGCAUGACCCUCAUGGGAUGCAGGCACCGUGGUCGCCCCACCAUUAUAGUCAAGGAAACCCCUAUUGGCCAUACCCUUAUGGUGGUGGUUAUCAUCCUCACCAUCAACAUGAGCAUCAAAGUCAACAUCCGUACAUGAACAUGGGUUCCCCAAAAGUGGAUUCUAAGAAAGAUUCAAGUAAGGGUAAGGGAGGAAUUUUGGAAGGCGUCCAGGCAGCACUAGCUCUAGCUGGUACCAUGGGAGCUCAAUUCGUCGCGGAAGAAUAUAUCUUCAAUGAAGAAUAAUAUUUAUCUGAUGAUUUUUUUCUUGUUGCUGUGUCUUAAUUUCGGUUUUGUUUUCCGUUACAUGCAUAAACGUAUAUGUUUGUAUUUGUCUCAGUUUUACAUAAUCGCAUGUUUGCAAAUUGCGGUGUUAAUAAUAUAUGGAU